AUGAAGCUCAGAUUCUCCAUCUGCACAGCACUCACCAUCCUCGCCACCCCAAUCAUCCUCGCAGCCGGAACAAACUGCGAAGCCCCCAGCCCUUCUUCAGCGCCUAGUACAAUCGACAAGGAAAAAUUCACCCAGGCACUCAAAGCCAUCUGCCCCAACGCCGCAAAGCAGAACUGCACCGACGACCCCAAAGCCCCAGGCCAAUGCCGCACCGCCUCUCAAGCCGCAGAACCCAUCCUGCGCUCCUUUUCAAAAUACAACAUCACAGAGAAGACCGAAAUGGCCGCUCUGGUCAGUCUCAUGGCGCUCGAAUCGGGGGAAUUCAAGUACCAGAAGAACAUCUACCCGGGCAGACCGGGACAGGGAACACGAAAUAUGCAAAUGCCUGAAUGGAACACUCGCUAUGCGGCUUCCAUCCCUGAAUUGAAAGACCAGCUGAAGGGACCUGCGUGCAAUGACAAGGUCAAGACUCUUGACCUCUUGCUUAGCAAAGAUGAUUAUGACUUUGGGUCUGCGGCAUGGUACUUGACGACUCAAUGUAAGCCGGAUGUGCGAAAGGGGUUGCAAGAAGGCACGAAGGUGGGCUGGGAGAAAUAUAUCACAAGCUGCAUACAGACCACUGUCAGCGAGGAGCGAUCGAAGUAUUGGCAGAGUGCGAUCAAGGAGAUGAAGGAGCUGUAA